AUGUAUUUUUUAGCUUAUUGUGAUAUUGUUCCAACACCCCGAAAUAAAUGGAUUUCAGCUAAACGAUAUGUGGAAAGUGAUAUUGUGUUCAUUAUUUAUACAGGUGCACCGUUUUAUCAAACUCGUGCACUAGCAACUCGAGAUACAUGGUUAUCACGCGUUACGCAUAAAUAUUUUUUUAGUUCAACACCAUAUCCAUCAUUACCUGUAACUGUUAUUGAAGCAGGUUGUGAUACAUUUGUUAAUGUUCCACAUUUACUCAAACGCCUCGACGAAUUUAAUCAUACAAAAGCUCUUGUUAUUGGUGGUCAUCCUUUCAAUUAUCCAUGUUUUAGAAAAAAAACCCAAACAAUUGAAGGUGUACAAUAUCCAUCAGGUGGUGCUGGUUUUUUCCUCAGUGCUACUUUGAUGGAAAUGAUGUACCCUAAAAUAGAACAAUUUUUUCAAGAUGAGUGGCCAACCGAAAAAUCACCUUAUAAUGAUGUGGCUGUUAACUGUCUCGCAGCAUCGCUAGGUGUUAAAGCUUCGCUUGUACCAGGAUUUUGGGCCGAUAAUCCACAACAAACACUGAAACAAAAUGGGAUAAAACGUUUGCAUGCUGAUUCUGAACCAAAUACAUUUCAUUAUGUACCACCAACAUCAAUGUAUAUUCUUGAUGAAUUCUAUGUUUUUCAACAUAUUGAUCGAUUGGCAAAUGAUAAUAAUUUAAAUGAACUUGUGAAAUUUACUAGACAAUUUGUAGCUGUACAUUAUGAGUUAUUACGUAUUAAAAAGAAUGAAUGCACAUUACCACCAGUAAAAUCAACGUAA